CGGAUGUCAAUUCACUUCUUCUUUCCCUCCAAUCAACAUCAUAGAGGCACAGAGAGGCCAGCAUGUCGCUAUGGGGGUUGCGAGACAAUGUGCCCGAGGCUGGGCCAUCGACUUCGCGGCUCACACCUUCUGAGAGUCCACAGAAGAAGCGCCCGCGCUCAUCCGACCCGCUCAAUGGCAGGAAGCAGCAGCAGCAGCAACACAAGAAAGCAAAGCCGGCGCCCUUUGCCAACCGGCCUGCAGUUGCACACACACACGCCAAUGGCGGUACAUCCUCAUCAUCGGCGCAGUCUUCGCCCUCUGCGCGAUCUCAUCCUCUGCCCACUACAUCCAACAAGGCCGGCCCUUCCUCCUCCUCCUCAGGUCCACCGAACAAGCUUCUCUCAAUCCGACAGCGCCUCCCGAUCUGGUCCUCUCGCGACCGCAUCGUCGACGAGAUCCGCAGCAAUGAAACAACGAUCCUCGUCGCGGACACUGGAUCAGGCAAGUCUACUCAAGUCCCUCAGUUCCUCCACUCCUGCUCCGACGGAUACUUCACUUCGGGGCACAGACUGGUGGGCAUCACCCAGCCAAGAAGAAUGGCAGCCAUCUCCCUCUCCAAGCGUGUGGCCCUCGAAAUGGCGCACACAGACGGCGAGGCCUCGCCGCUCGUGGGAUAUGCGAUCAGAUUCCAGGACAAGACGACUCGACGUACCAGGAUAAAAUUCAUGACUGACGGCUGGCUCCUCCGAGAGUUUGUGAGGGGAGCUGCUCAGCUGGUGGCAGAGGGGAAGGACAUCGACGACGUGCACGACGCGGGCCAUGCGGGACUGCUUCCGCAGUACUCGUGCUUGAUUAUCGAUGAGGCGCACGAGCGCAGCGUGCGGACAGACCUCCUGCUCGGCCUGGCGAAGAGGGUGCAACGCAGACGACGGGAGCUCAGGAGGGAGUGGGAGCAGAGAGGGAAGAAACAGGGCAAGGAGCCGCAGCUUCUCCACAUCGUAGUCAUGUCCGCUACUUUGGAUGCGGACCUGUUCUCGCGCUUCUUCGCUAGCGAGGAAGGGAAGCCCGCACCAGUCCUCUACGUGCAAGGCCGCACCCACGAAGUGACCGUCAACCACCUAAUCGAGGCGGAGCCCGACUGGCUCGACGCGGCUAAGCGGCAAGUCCUUCAGUUGCACGUAUCCCGUCCCCUACCUGGUGAUAUCUUGGUCUUUGGAACAGGCGCAGAGGAGAUCGAGUCGCUGUGCUCCUCACUCCGUCAUCUCUCAAACCACCUUCCACAGUGGGCCGAAGAUAGGCAGAGAGCCACGGGCCAAAAGACGGCCGUCGGUGCCCUGCAUGUCGUGCCUCUGUACGCCGCGCUGGGCAAUAAGGCUGUAGCGGAGGUUUAUCGCCCCACUCCGGUCGGUUGUCGCAAGGUGGUCGUAGCGACGAACAUCGCAGAGACGUCCGUCACCAUCCCUGGCGUGCGAUACGUGGUGGACUGCGGGCUGGCCAAGGAAAAGAUGCACGUCUCUGCGAGCGGGAUCGCCUCAAUAGCAGCGGCCAACGGUAAUGCUGCCUCGGAGCAGGCACAUCAACAGCAACAAGGUAUCGAAACCCUCACUACACGCGCCAUUUCCCAAUCGGCAGCAGCGCAGCGAGCAGGUCGUGCAGGUCGUGAAGCCGCUGGAGAAUGCUACCGACUAUACCCUCGUGUGGAGCUCGAGAGGAUGGACGCUACGACCAUGCCGGAGAUUCAUCGUGCUGAGCUCUCCUCUGUGGCUCUGGACUGCUUUGCGGCUGGAGUGGACCCACGCGAAGUAGACUGGGUAGACGCGCCAAGAGAGGGCAAGUUGGAAGGGGCGGUGAUGGAGCUGGCAGGCCUUGGCGCCGUGGAGCGCAGGGGGCGAGUCAAGGCGAAGGGUGAGGAGAGGAAUGGGACGACACAGAAUGGGACAGACGAUACGAAGGAGGGCAAGCUAGUCCUCACGGAGAUGGGUCAACGCAUGGCUCUGCUCCCUCUCCCGCCUCGCUUCUCCCACUUACUCCUCACGGCAGCCAACACCGCCUCUCCAGCCGUCGUCCAUCAAGCUCGAGACUUGGUCGCCAUCCUCUCCUCGGAGCGAGACAUCUUUCUCGAACCAUCGGCAGCGGCUGUUCGGUCUUCUGACCAGGAUAAGGGCAAGCGACGACCCGCAGGAAAGGAUGGAGAAGAGGAGGACGGGGACCUUUCAGAGCGACUGGAGGUAAAACGAGCUGAAGCGAAUAAGGCAAGGAGCGCCUUCCGACACUGGAGCGGAGACCAUGUUACUAUGCUCCGGGCAUUCUAUGCAUACCUGAAGACGAAGAGGAGCGCUUCCACUUUUACGUCAAGUCAGAAUGGCCAGCCAAAUCACAAUGUGGGGAAGAGCAAAGGCAAGGACAAGGCUGCCUCUGCUGCCGCUCUGCAAGAGGUCAAGACCUGGUGCAACGCCCACUACCUCUCCCUUCGGGCGCUAAGGGAGAUCGAGGAGAUCAGGGACCAGAUUGACGGCAUUUGUAGGAAGGCUGGUAUUUUGCCGCGCCAUGACGAGAAAGACGACGCUGGCGAUACCAACGGCAGCCUCACGAAAAGGCAAGGCAAGGGAGGGGAGGACAGCAGUGAUGGCAGUGACGAGGAAGGCGUCGACGCUGAAGAGGAUAGCGACGACUCUGACGCUCCACUGCGAGUGAUCAAACGCUCCGAUCGCGUCAAGAUGCAAGAGGAGGACGAUUUCACGUCCAAUCUCCUCGACGACGCCAACGAGGACUACGCCUCUCUGCGUAAAUGCCUCGUAACGGGUCGCUCCACCUCUCACCUCGCCAUGCGUCUCGGUGGAGACUCCUCCUCAUCCUCUGGCAACGCCCCUCCAGGCCAAGCAGGCUCCUAUCGCGUCCUCUGUGGCCCCGAGGUCUUCAAACUUCACCCUGCCUCCUCGUUGCACCCGCAACGCUCUGCCGGGGUCAGUGGAGGCGUGAGCUUGCCGCGCAUGCUGGUGUUUGAGGAGCUGAUGUAUACUAGUCAGCUCUUUGUAAGGUGCGCGAGUGCGAUUGAUGUUGAGUGGGUGAGGGAGGGGAUGAUGAAGGAAGGUGGAGGGAUGUAGAUCUAGAGGGAGGGGAGUGCUUCAGUUUAAUGCAUGUUUGCUGUAGACCCUUACGACUCGAAGAGGGCAUGCGUGAUGGGGCUCUGCAGAGACAUCGUCGAGUCUGGGCACGAGGGUGCAGGCCGACCAAAAAUGGUACAAGUACUUCUAUUGUGGAGCGUGCGUCACUAUGGGUCACUUGAAAUCCUUCUUGCUUCAUCAAAGCUCCAAUCACGCUCAAAUGAGACCCUCGAGCCAAUCCU